AGUCAGUCGUCUGUGAUCCAGAAGGUACAGUAGGGAGCAGUCUACGGACUUCUGUUCACGUUUGACUUUUACAUUCAAGUCAAAAACAUAGCUUUAACAAUGACAACAUAGAGAUUUUGUCUAAACAAACACAGACUUCCAAAGUAAAUGAAUAGCUCAAUAAAAAAAUGUUUUUGUCUGUGCCACUUGAAAUUACCUGUGCGGCUGUGCCUCGGCAGUAAAGCGAGAAGCGACAUUUCUGUAGGGCGUGAUUUUACGCGCUUGCCUGAUGCUGUUGCGCACAGGAGGUAGUAGGCUGCACGAUGCAUUUCAUAUUCGUUGAAGUUGAGAAGGGUUCAGCACUGCGUCGGAUCUUGACUUGUCAAUAUUUGGAGUCAAUUUUGUUGCCAGAGAAAAGCUGCAAGCUACAGGAGGUGAAUCAGGGAUAAGACAACAUGAGUGACCGUUUUGACUGUGGCGAGUGCAAGGAGUCCCUGUACGGACGCAAAUACAUCCAAGUGGAGGACGUUCCCCACUGCAUCCCUUGCUAUGACCGCCUGUAUGCCAACACAUGUCAGGAGUGCAAGGAGCUCAUCGCACACAAUGCACGGGAGCUGUUCUAUGAGGACAGACAUUACCAUGAACACUGUUUCCGUUGUUUCCGCUGCGAUCGCUCCCUGGCAGACGAGCCCUUCACCAGCCAGGAGGAGGCGCUGCUGUGCAACGACUGCUACUGCAAUGAGUUCUCCUCCAAGUGUGUGGCCUGCGACAAGACCGUUAUGCCAGGCUCAAAGAAGUUGGAGUAUGAGGGCUCUGCAUGGCACGAGAACUGCUUUGUGUGCCAUGGCUGUGAGAAGCCCAUCGGUGCCCAGUCCUUCAUCCCAGACAAAGACCACUACUACUGUGUACCGUGCUACGAGGGCAGGUUCGCCCCGCGAUGCAGCCACUGCAAAAAGGCACUGGCAACAGGGGGUGUGAGCUACAAGGAUGAGACGUGGCACAAAGAGUGUUUCGUGUGCACAGGAUGUAAGAUCCCACUGGCCGGCCAGCCCUUCACCUCCCAGGGAGACACACCCUACUGUGUCAAGUGCUUCAGCAGCAUCUACGCACAGAAGUGUGCCUCCUGUAACUCGCCCAUUACAGGGUUUGGCGAGGGGAAGUAUAUUUCUUUCCAGGAUCGUCAAUGGCACCAGCCCUGCUUCAAGUGCUCCCGCUGCUCCGUCUCUCUGGUUGGGGCUGGCUUCUUCCCCGACCGUGACCAGAUCCUGUGUGGAGACUGCAAUAACGACCAAGAAGACCAAUGAGAAUCACUGUCUUCGUCCUUCAACUGCACCUGACCAAUCACAAAUGUACAGUAAUAGCUAACAAGUUUGUAACACAGUGGUGUCCACUUCCAGGUUUGUUAACAUCUACAGUACAGUACAGAGAGCAUCUAAACCUCAACAUAUUAAAGCAAACACUACAUUUUAUACUACAUCACCUUAAAUAUAUUUAUAUUUUUAAAAUUAAAUCAGCAUUGCAUGUAUUCUGUUGUUAAACUGCCUUUACAACAUAAAUCACAUUGAAAUGUAUGUUGAAAUGUAUGUUUUAAGUCAGCAAACAAGUAUGACGUAACUAAAGCUUUUCCUCUUGUAAUUUGUAAUAUAUUUUUGCACACAAAUACAUUAAAACAUUUUUUUUUCUAAGGUAUCGUACAUAUUAAUGCACCUGACCUGGGCUCUGCUGAAAUAUGGUGUUAGUGAUGCACAUGUAGUAUAAACUAAGUGCCUUAACAGCUGUAUUUUAUUGCAGCAAUAUAAAAAAUGAUCCAAAUGUUGUCAGAGCUCAGCUUGUCAAUAAUAUUUAACAUUUUUGUAUUCUUUUAUAUAAACCAAGAGUGCCUUUCUUGCCUUGUUUUUUUUAUGCUGUAUUGUAACUAUUGUGUAGUGUUACUAAUCUAAAGAAAUAAAGCGUAAUUUAUUUACUGUAAUAAUAA